GGAGAGAUACCGCGCUGCUCCAGUGCGCGAGAGCGAGGCGAGCAGCGAGGGGGCAGCGCGCGGCUCUGAGCCCUAGAUGGAGCAGCGCAGCGGAGGAGGCAAGUCCACGUAUUACCAUGCCGAGAUUUGGACUACAUGAACUACAUGCGAAACCUCCGAAUAUACGAGAUUAAUAAUAGAAGAGGUGGUUCUGUGAAGAUCACGGUACGAUAAUGGGGAAACUCUUGGUUUCACUGCUCGUGCUGCUCCUGCAGCACCUCUGUGGCUGCGCAGGGAACCAGAGGAUGACGGGGGCCGCCUCCAUGCAGUUCACCCACUCUGUUUACAACGCCACCAUAUAUGAGAACUCUGCUGCUAAGACUUACUUAGAGAGUCACGCCAAGAUGGGGAUCUACAUCACAGACCCGGACUGGGAGAUACGGUACAAAAUCAUCUCUGGAGACAAUGAGAACUUAUUCAAAGCCGAGGACUACCUGCUGGGAGAUUUCAGUUUUUUGCGAAUAAGGACCAAAGGAGGCAGCACCGCCAUUCUCAACCGGGAGGUUAAAGACCACUAUGUGCUGACUGUUAAAGCUUCGGAGAGGGGUACCGAUUUUGAGUGUCGCGCCAAAGUGAAAGUGCAGGUACAGGACACCAACGACCUGAGGCCUCUCUUCUCACCGACGUCCUACAGCAUCUCUCUGCCGGAGAACACGGCCAUACGCACCAGCGUGGCCAAGGUCACGGCCACCGACGCGGAUAUCGGUACCAACGGGGAAUACUACUACAGCUUCAGGGAGCCCACGGACAUGUUUUCCGUCCACCCGACGAGCGGCGUGGUGACGCUGACGGGAAAGCUCGACUUCUCAGAGAAGAAGCUGUACGAGCUGGAGAUCCUCGCGGUGGACAGGGGCAUGAAGCUGUACGGCAGCAGCGGCUUCAGCAGCAUGGCCAAACUCACGGUGAGGGUGGAGCAGGCUAACGAGCACGCGCCCGUAAUCACCGCCGUGACCCUGGCCCCCUCGGGUGCGGACCACGACCCCACCUACGCCAUCGUGACCGUCGAGGACGGCGACCAGGGACAAAAUGGAGAGAUAGCGUCACUGAGCAUUGUUGCCGGGGACCCUCUUCAGCAGUUCAAGGCCGUGAGGAGCAGCCCCGGGGGCAAAGAGUAUAAAAUAAAAGCGGUCAAGGAUGUAGAUUGGGACAGCCAGCCUUUUGGAUACAACCUCACUCUACAGGCAAAGGACAAAGGCAGCCCCCCGCAAUUUUCAUCCGUUAAAUUGGUACAUGUCACUUCUGCGCAUUUCAAAGCGGGCCCUCCUAUAUUUGAGAAGGAAGUCUACAGAGUCAAUCUGAGUGAAUUUGCCCCUCUUCUUACACCUGUCACUAUGGUAACAGCCCUGCCACAGUAUCCACAGCUCAAAUAUGCCUUUAAACACAAGUCUGACAAGAACAAAUUUACUAUCAAUCCAGAUACUGGUUUAAUCAGCACCGCAGGACCAAUCAAUGCUGAUUUCACGCCCCGGUUCGAGCUGGACGUGAUCACGGUCGACAAAAAAGCGGCGACAAAAGUGAUCGUUGACGUGAUUGAUGUGAAUAACAAUGCGCCCGAGUUCGAGCAGACGUCUUACACGGCCAGCGUCGAUGAGAACGUACCCGCAGGGACCAGCGUGGUAACGGUUAAAGCCACCGACCUCGACAGAGGCGAGAACGGCUACGUGACCUACAGCAUUACCAACGUGAGCCCCCAGCCGUUUGUCAUCGACUACUUCUCCGGUGUCGUCAGCACCUCGGAGGUCCUAGAUUACGAGCUCAUGCCAAGGAUUUAUAACCUCAAAGUCCGGGCGUCCGAUUGGGGAUCCCCUUACCGAAGAGAGGUGGAGGCGUCAGUCACCAUUACGUUAAACAACCUCAAUGACAACAAGCCUUUGUUUGAGAACGUCGACUGUGAAGUGACCGUGCCAAGAGAUCACGGCGAGGGAGAGCAGAUAACAACCGUGUCUGCCAUAGACGCCGAUGAGCUGCAGCUGGUGCGGUACCACAUCAAAGCCGGGAAUGAGCUCGACCUGUUCGAACUGAACCCGAACUCCGGCGUGCUGUCGCUGAAGCGGACGCUGGGUGAGGGAGAGGCCGCCAAAGUGUCCGCCCACAGCCUGCAAGUCAUCGCGACGGACGGCGAGCACGAGACCCGACCGAUGGCCAUGAACAUAACCGUCAUCACGGCGCGCAAGCCGGUCCAGCUAAAAUGUGUCGAGACCGGUGUCGCCACCAUGCUGGCGGAAAAGCUGCUCCAGGGCAGCAGGAUCCACAUGCAGGCCGAGCCCGAUGACAACUUGAUGGACCUUCACUCGGUCAACCGGGCCACUCCGCAGUUCGCAGAGUCGUUCCCGAGUGUCGUCGAGGUGAAAGAGGACCUGCCCGUCGGGGCCCGGAUUGUCCACUUAAGUGCCACGGACUCGGACAGCGCCUUCAAUGGCAAACUGGUGUACGUGAUCUCGGGAGGCGACACGGAGAGCCGCUUCGUUGUGGAAAUGGAAACCGGUUGGCUUUUGGUGUAUUCUCCGCUGGACAGGGAGACGACAGACCAGUACACCCUCAACAUCACGGUCUACGAUCUCGGCGUACCGCAGAAAUCGUCGUCGCGCCUCCUGGGCGUUAAGAUCCGAGACGCCAACGACAACAGCCCGAACUUCUUGCAGGACUCGUAUUCGGCCGACGUUAGUGAGAGCACGCCGGUCGGCACCGAAAUCAUCCAGGUGGAUUCGACGGACAGAGAUCAAGGAGACAACGGAGUCGUGAAGUAUUCAAUCCUGGGCGGCACGGAUCAUUUCGCCAUUCACGAGACGACCGGCGUGGUGACUGUGACGCGGCCGCUGGACCGCGAGCUCCACCCGGUUUACCUGCUGAAGAUCGCGGCGCGCGACCAGGCGGUCAACGAGCCCCAGUUAGUGUCCACGGUGCCGCUGAAAAUCACCCUGGAAGACGUGAACGACAACCCGCCGAAAUUCGUCCCCCCGAACUAUCGCGUGAAGGUGAGGGAAGACCUUCCGGUCGGCACGGUUGUCAUGUGGCUGGAGGCUCACGACCCCGAUGUCGGACCUUCCAGUCAGGUGCGGUACAGCCUCACCGACAACGGGGACGGAAACUUCGAGGUGGACAAGCUCAGCGGCGCCGUGCGGAUCGUGCAGGCUCUAGAUUACGAGGCCAAGCAGGUGUACAACCUGACGGCAAAAGCCAAAGACAAAGGGAAGCCCAUGUCCCUGUCCUCGACCUGCUUCGUCGAGGUGGACGUGGUGGACGUCAACGAAAACCUCUACCGACCUUUUUUCAGAUCGUUUGUGGAAAAGGGAUUUAUUAAAGAAGACGCGCUGGUUGGAACCUCUGUGAUGACGGUGUCGGCCGAAGACGAGGACAAUGGCCGCGACGGAGAGAUUCGAUACUCCAUCCGAGAAGGGUCCGGCCUGGGGAUAUUCACCAUCGACGAGGAAACCGGCGUCAUCCGAACACAAGAGCUGCUGGAUCACGAGACCACGUCGCACUACUGGCUCACGGUCUACGCCGCGGACCGCGGCGCGGUGCCGCUCUCCGCCUCGGUGGAGGUCUACGUCCAGGUGCUCGACGUCAACGACAACGCGCCGCAGACCUCGGAGCCCGUCUACUACCCGUCCGUCAUGGAGAGCUCCCCGAAGGACGUGUCAAUCAUCCAGAUCAACGCGGUCGACCCGGACGCCAAGGCCAGCGAUAAGCUCGCCUACAGGAUCACCAGCGGCAAUCCCCAGGGGUUCUUCGCCGUCAACGCCAAGACAGGUCUGGUCACCACCACGUCAAGGAAGCUGGACAGGGAGCAACAAGAUGAGCACAUUCUAGAGAUCACGGUCACCGACCAGGGCGUUCCCGCCAAGUCCACCACCGUCCGCGUCAUCGUGCGAGUCCUCGACGAGAACGACAACAGGCCGCUGUUCCUGGAGAAGAUCUACAAGAUCAAGCUGCCGGAGCGGGAGAAGCCGGAGAAGGAGAGGGCCGCGAAGAGGGACCCAGUGUACCGGGUCAUCGCCUCGGACCGGGACCAAGGGGCCAACGCCGAGAUCUCGUACAGCAUCGAGGACGGCGACGAGAGCGGGAAGUUCUUCAUCGAGCCGAAAACCGGCCUGGUGUCUUCAAAGAAGGUCUCCUCCGCCGGGGAAUACGACAUCCUCACAAUCAAAGCCGUCGACAACGGGCGUCCUCAGAAGUCCUCCACCUGCCGCCUGCACGUGGAGUGGAUCCCAAAGCCGGGCCUGCCGGCCGACGCGGCGCCGCUGCUCUUCGAGGAGUCCCCCUUCGCCUUCUCUGUGAUGGAAAGCGACCCCGUGGCCCACAUGGUCGGCGUCAUCGCCACGGAGGCCUCUGACGUGCCUGUGUGGUUUGAAAUCACAGACGGCACAGAGGAUGCUGAGGGGUUUUACAUCCUUCAGAUGGCCUGUGACCACAACUGUACAGCAGAAGGUGGUAAUUAUGACAGCCGCUUUGACGUGGGCAAGGCCAGCGGAACCUUGAUUGUUGCGCGGCCCCUGGACGCCGAGCAGAAAUCAAAUUACAACCUGACGGUGGAAGCCACAGAUGGGACACGAACUGUCAGCACCCAGGUGCUCAUCCGUGUCAUCGACACCAACAACCACCGGCCAGAGUUCUCCCAGCAGGUGUACGAGGUGAACGUCCCCGAGGACAAGCCGGCGGGGACGGAGGUCCUGCAGAUCAGCGCCGCCGACAGAGACGAGAAGAACAAGCUGACCUUCACGCUGCUGAGCAGCACCGACCCCUUCAGCCUGAGGAAGUUUCGACUGGACCCGGGGACGGGCGCCCUUUUCACCGCCGAGCGCCUGGACCACGAGACGAUGCAUCGCCACGUUCUCACCGUCAUGGUCCGAGACCAGGACAUCCCGGUGAAGAGGAACCUGGUGCGUGUCAUUGUCAACGUGGAUGACACCAACGACAACGCCCCCUGGUUCAUCAGCACGCCGUACGCGGGGCGCGUGUUCGAGUCGGCGGCCGUCGGCGCCGCCGUCCUCCAAGUCACAGCUCUGGACAAAGACAAGGGCGACAACGCCGCCGUCGUGUACAGCAUUGAAUCAGGGAAUGUUGCAAACUCAUUUUCCAUCGACCCCGUCCUCGGGACCAUCGCGGUGGCGAAAGAGCUGGAUCGCAGCAGCAGGAGCGCGUUUGACCUCACCGUGAAGGCCUCCGACAGCGGACUGCCGCCGCUCUCCGCCACAGCCGCCGUGCGCAUCGCGGUGACCGUUUCCGACAACGCGGCGCCCAGGUUCGCGCAGAAGGAGUUCUCCGCCGAGGUCAGCGAGUCGCUCCGCCCGGGAAGUUUUGUGAGCAUGGUGACGGCCGACAGCCAGUCGUCGAUUUUCUACCAGAUAAAAGCGGGCAACGUGGACGGCGCGUUCGACGUGAACCCUAACUCGGGAGUGGUCGUGACCCAGAAAGCUUUGGACUACGAGGCCGCCGCGCGCUACAAGCUGGUCAUACAGGGCACCAACAUGGCGGGCCUCGCCAGCAACGCGACCCUCCUGAUUCACGUCAAGGACGAAAACGACAACGCUCCGACCUUCCUGCAGAGGGAGUUCCGGGGGGUCAUCAGCGAGUCGGCCGCCGUCGGCAGCGUCGUUCUGACCCGCGGCAACGCGCCCUUCGUCGUCCGCGCCGCCGACGCCGACUGCGACCGCAACGCCAUGCUCGUCUACCAGAUCGUGGAGCCGUUCGCUCACGACUACUUCGCCGUCGACGCCAGCACGGGCGCCGUCCGGAUCACGGCGGCCCUCGACUACGAGCAGAGGAGCGCCUUCCGCUUCACGGUGCAGGUCCACGACCUGGGGAUGCCGCGCCUGUUCGCCGAGACGCCAGCCAACGUGACGGUGGAGGUGAUCGACGUCAACGACUGCCCGCCGGUCUUCGGCCGGGAGCUUUAUGAGGCCACCGUCGUGGUGCCCACGUACAAAGGGGUGGAGGUCAUCGGGGUCGACGCCGCGGACUCGGACUCGGCGCCCAACGCCAAACUUCUCUUCUCCAUCUCCGAGGGGAACAUCGGCGAUAAGUUCAAGAUCGACCCGGCCACGGGCGUCAUUUCCAUCCUGAACGUCACGCAGCUGAGGAGCAGGUACGAGAUCAAGGUGAGGGUUUCGGACGGCAGAUUCGCCGCCGUCGCUACGGUGAAGGUCCACGUGAAGGAGAACACGGAGAGUAGGCUGAAGUUCACCAGGGAGUCCUACAAAGCCAGCGUCCGGGAAAACCUCUCCGAGGAGAGAACGCUAGCCGUCAUCGCGGCUGUCGGGACCCAGGUCAACGAGCCCUUGUUUUACAGGAUCUUGAACCCCGACGUCCGAUUCAAAAUCAGCCAAACAUCUGGAGUGAUCUCAACCACUGGGAUCCCCUUCGACCGAGAGGCGCGGGACACGUUCAACAUAGUCGUCGAGGUCACCAGAGAGGGCAAAUCCGAGGACGGGGCUCACGUCCUGGUCACUGUGACGGUGGAGGACGCCAAUGACAACGCACCGAUGUUCGUGAACCUGCCCUAUCACGCGUUGGUCCAGGUGGACGCGGAGGAAGGGCGGCUCGUCCGACAGGUCACGGCGGUGGACAAGGACAGCGGCCCGAACGCAGAGAUCCGUUACCUCCUUAAGGAAAACCAGGGGGAGCACUUUCAGAUCAACCCUUCCGGCGAAAUCUCCCUCAGGAGGAAGUUCGACGCCGACUCGCUCGACGCCGACUUCGUCGUGGUCGUCGUGGCGACGGACAGCGGAGAGGCGCCGCUCUCGGCGGAGGUGGAGGUCCCGAUCACGGUCGUGAGCAAAGCGACGCCCGUGUUCGAGAGGCCUUUUUACAGCAUCGAAAUCCCCGAGAACAUCCAGCUGCACACGCCCGUUCUCCACGUGCAGGCCAACGACUCGGAAGGCCCCCGCGUCGUGUACACCAUCGCCGAGGGGGACCCCCUCAAACAGUUCUCCAUUGACUUCAACACGGGCGUGAUUCACGUCAUUCAGCACCUGGACUUCGAGACGCAUCCCGCCUAUAAGUUGAACGUGCGGGCCACGGACUCUCUGACCGGGGCGCGCUCGGAGGUGUUUGUGGACAUCAUUCUGGAGGACGUGAACGACAACGCCCCCGCGUUCCUGUCGGCGUCCUACCGCGCCAACAUCUCGGAGGCCGCCGCCGUCGGGGCCUUCGUUUUGCAGGUCGACGCCAGGGAUUCCGACACCGGUAACAACCGAGAGGUGUUCUUUCAGCUGGUUGAAGAGAAGGGAAAGAACCCGAACGCCUUCGCCAUCGGCCGGGACACGGGAGUGAUCUCCACGGCUCAGGUCCUGGACCACGAGGAGAUCCAGCGGCACGAGCUGAGGGUCCGGGUUUCGGACGGAGGCGUUCCAUCCCUAUCCGGCGACGUCAUGGUGACGGUGGACGUCACCGACCUGAACGACAACGCCCCGGCGUUCACGCGGCACGCCUACGAGGCCACCAUCAGCGAACUGGCCCCGCGCGGCUACUUCGUCACCCAGGUGCAGGCCUCCGACGCCGACAGCUCGGACGCCGGCAAGCUGGAGUUCUCCAUCGUGUCCGGCAACGACGAUCAGAACUUUUCCAUCGACAAACGCACGGGCGCCAUCGCCGUCUCCAACCACCGCAGGCCGCACAUGCGGCCUCUCUACCACCUGAACGUAUCCGUGUCGGACGGGGUGUUCAGGAGCUCGGCGGUCGUCGCGGUAACAGUCACCGGGGCCAACUUCCACAGCCCCACCUUCUCUCAGGUGGACUACGUGGUCGAGCUCGUGGAAAACUCACCCGUUGGCACCUUGGUGGCGGAGGCGAAGGCGACGGACGACGACGAAGGCAUUUAUGGGCAGAUCACGUACCUCAUUGUCAACGACUUUGCCAAAGACAAGUUUUCCGUCAACGAAGACGGAGAGAUUUUAACCCUCGAGAGCCUCGAUCGGGAAAACGCCGAUGAAAAGGUCAUCCCGAUUUCUCUCAUCGCUAAAGACGGCGGCGGGAAAGUGGCCUUCUCUGUGGUCAAUGUCAUUCUCACGGACGUCAACGACAACGCGCCGCAAUUCAGGGCGGCCGACUACAGAGCCACCAUCGCAUCGGACGUCCCGAAGGGGACCUCCGUGGUCAACAUCGCCGCGUCGGACACGGACGAGGGAAGCAACGCCGACAUCGAGUACUCGAUCGAAGCGGACGUGGAAAACGUGGAGGAGAACUUCGAAAUCCACUCCACCUCCGGGGUGGUCACCACCAAAGAGAGUCUCAUCGGGCUGGAGAACAAGCUGUACGCGUUCUUCGUGAGGGCAAAGGACACCGGGAGUCCGCCCAGGCAUUCGGUGGCUCAGGUGUACAUCCGGAUCGUGGCGCCGGAGACGCCCGUCCCCCGGUUCGCCGAGGCCCAUUACCGCUACACGGUCGCCGAGGACCUUCCCAUCGGCGCGGAGAUCGACGUCAUCCGCGCCGAGAGCGAGCGGCCGGUCGCGUACAGCCUGGCGAGGGGCAACACCCCCGAGAGCAACGGGGACGAGGUGUUUGUCGUGGACGGGGACAGCGGCGCCUUGAAGCUCCAGAAGGGCCUGGACCACGAGACGACCAAGUGGUACCAGCUGACCCUGCUCUGCCAGGGCAGACACGAGAACUACGACGUGGUGGCGUCCGUGAGCGUCAGCGUCCAGGUGAAGGACCUCAACGACAACGGGCCCGUCUUCGAGUCGGACCCCUACGAGGCCGUGGUGGCGGAAAACCUCCCGAGCGGCACGCGGGUGAUCCAGGUCAAGGCCACCGACCAGGACUCGGGCGCCAACGGCCAGGUGGUCUACAGCCUCGACGCCGGGCGGAACCCCCGGGAGAUAGCCGAGCUGUUCGCCGUCAACGCCGACAGCGGGUGGGUGACCACCUUGAGGGAGCUGGACCGCGAAAGGACCGGCCGGUACACCGUCGCCGUGCUGGCCACGGACCGAGGGGACGGGGCCCGACGCGCCAACGGCACCCGGGUGGAGGUGACGGUGGCCGACGUGAACGACAGCCCGCCGCGCUUCACCGCCGAGGUCUACAAGGGCACGGUCAGCGAGGACGACCCCCCGCCCAGCGGCGUGAUCGCCAUCCUCAGCACCACGGACGACGACUCCGAGGACAUCAACAGACAAGUGAACUACUUCAUCACAGGAGGAGACCCACUUGGCCAAUUUGCCAUCGAACACAUUCAGAAUGAAUGGAAGGUCUCUGUCAGGAAGCCCUUGGACCGUGAGGAGAAGGACAAUUACCUCCUGAACAUUACAGCCAGUGACGGCAUCUUCACUGCCAAGGCCGUCGUGGAGGUCAAAGUGCUGGACGCCAAUGACAACAGCCCCAUAUGCCAGAAGUCCCUGUACAGCGAGCGAGUCCCGGAGGACUCCACCGCCGGCAGGCUGGUCCUUCAGGUCUCAGCCACGGACGCUGACAUCCGCUCCAACGCCCAGAUCUCUUACGAGCUCCAGGGAGUCGGAUCGGAACUCUUCAUCAUCGACUCUGACACAGGCGAGCUGAAGACCUCACAGCCCCUGGACCGGGAGGAGCUGGACGAGCACAGGUUCAAAGUGCGGGCGGUGGACGGAGGAGGGCGCUACUGCGAGGCCGACGUCCACAUCGCCGUGGAGGACGUCAACGACAACCCGCCGCAGUUCUCGGCCGACCCCUACGCCAUCACGGUCUUCGAGAACACGGAGACGGGGACGUACGUGGCGAAGCUGCUGGCCAACGACAUGGAUUCCGGCCUCAACAGCGACAUCCUCUACUCGUUGGUCAACUCCGCCGACGGCACCUUCUCCAUCGACGAGCGCAGCGGCGUGAUCAGCCUGGAGCGCGCCCUGGACCGCGAGGCGCAGUCCACGUACGAGCUGAGGGCCCGCGCCAGCGACCGGGGCUCCCCGCGGCUCUCCUCGCUGUGCCAGGUGCUGGUCUCCGUGCUGGACAUCAACGACAACCCGCCCGUGUUCGAGCACCGCGAGUACACGGCCACGGUGCCGGAGGACGUGGCGCCGGGCUCGCAGCUGCUCAGGGUGCAGGCGGCCAGCCGGGACACGGAGGCCGGCGGCGAGAUCUCCUACGGCAUCAUCAGCGGGAACGAGCACGGCAUGUUCAGCGUGGACCCGCGCACGGGCGACGUCUUCGUGAUCGAGCCGCUGGACUACGAGGUCUCCCACGAGUACUACAUCACCGUGGAGGCCACGGACGGCGGCUCCCCGCCGCUCAGCGACAUGGCCACCGUCAACAUCAACCUGACGGACGUCAACGACAACGGACCCGUCUUCAGCCAGGGCGUCUACACGGCCGUCGUGGGCGAGGACGCCGAGCUGGGGAAGACCGUGGUGGCGGUGGUGGCCGAGGACCUGGACGGGCCUUCUUUCGAUCACGUGAGGUACUCCAUCGUGGACGGGAACCAAGGAAGCCCCUUCGCCAUCGAUCCGAUCCGAGGGGAGCUUAAAGUCGCUCGCCAGCUGGACAGAGAGCGGACUUCGGGGUACACUCUGACGGUGGUGGCCUCGGACAACGGGUCGCCGCCUCUCUCCAGCAGCGCCGUGGUCAACGUAGACAUCUCGGACGUCAACGACAACCCGCCGCUCUUCUCCCAGGCCAACUACAGCCUCAUCAUCCAGGAGAAUCGACCCAAAGGCACGAGUGUCCUUCAGCUCACCGUGACGGAUCGGGACGCCUCCCACAACGGGCCGCCCUUCACCUUCGCCAUCGUGGACGGCAACGGGGGCGACGCUUUCCACAUCAAUCCGCAGGGCGCUCUAGUGGCCGUGGGGGCGCUGGAUAGGAAGACCAGAGAACACUACCUGCUUCGAGCGCAGGUGUCGGACAGCGGCAAACCUCCGCGCCACUCCGCCGCCUUCGUCAGCGUGCGCGUCAUCGAGGAGAGCGUCCACCCCCCCGCCAUACUCCCGCUGGACAUCUUCGUGACCACGGCUGACGACGAGUACCCCGGAGGGGUCCUGGGCAAGAUCCACGCCACCGACCAGGACAUCUACGACACGCUGGCGUACAGCCUGGCGUCGGACGACAGCGGCGCCCUGUUCUCGGUCUCCGCCUCGGACGGGAAGGUCGUGGCCCUGCGGCCCCUCGACGUGGGCCACUACGCUCUCAACGUGACGGUGACGGACGGGCGCCUGGCCGCGGCGGCCGACGUCACCGUGCACGUGAGGCAGGCCACCCGCCAGGCGCUGGACAACUCCAUCGCCGUGCGCUUCGCCAGCAUCGCCCCCGAGGAGUUCGUCGGCGACUACUGGCGCAACUUCCAGCGGGCCCUGCGCAACAUCGCCGGCGUGCGGAGGAGCGAGGUCCAGCUGGUGAGCCUGCAGCCCACCGAGCAGGGAGACCUGGACGUGCUGCUGGCUCUGGAGAGGUCCGGCAGCCCCUACCAAUCCCAGGAGGUCGUCUUCCACAAGUUGAACUCCUCGGCGGCCGUGAUCGAGGAGAUGACGGGGGUCCGCAUCGUGCGGGUGGUGCAGAAGCUGUGCGCCGGCCUGGACUGCCCCCUGAGCUUCUGCGACGAGGUCGUCUCGCUGGACAAGACCGCCGUGGCCACGUACAGCACCGCCCGCCUCAGCUUCGUCACCCCGCGCCACCUGAGGACGGCGACCUGCCAGUGCGAAGGCGGUAGGUGUCCCGUGCGGAACAACCUGUGCGAAAGCAGCCCCUGUCCGGAGGGCGCGGAGUGCGUGGCGGAUCCCAGAGACGCCGCGUACAGCUGUGUGUGUCCGGAGGGCAGAAAGGGCAAAUGCUCCGACGGACAGUCGCUGACGUUCGGCGGCGGCGGCUACGUCAAGUACCGCCUGAUGGAGAACGAGAACAAGGAGUUGAUGAAGCUGUCCCUGCGGCUGAGGACCUUCUCCAGCCACGCCACCGUCAUGUACGCCAAAGGCACCGACUACAGCAUCCUCGAGAUCGUCAACGGCCGCCUCCAGUACAAGUUCGACUGCGGCAGCGGGCCCGGCCUGGUGUCGGUCCACAGCGCCCAGGUCAACGACGGGGAGUGGCACGCGCUCACGCUGGAGGUGGACGGCAACUACGCCAAGCUGGUGCUGGACCGGGUGCACGCCGCCUCGGGCACGGCGCCGGGCACCCUGCGCACCCUCAACCUCGACAACGCCGUCUACUUCGGCGGCCACGUGCGGCAGGCGGCCGCGGCCUCGGCUCGCCACGGCCGCAGCCUGCCCGUCACCAACGGCCUGCGCGGCUGCCUGGAGGCCGUCGCGCUGAACGGCCAGGAGCUGCCGCUCAACGCCAAGGCCCGCCGGGCCCACGCCGCGCUGGAGGACAUGGUGGACGUGAGCCCGGGCUGCGCGCUGGCGCCGGCCGAGACCUGCUCCAGCAACCCGUGCACCAACGGAGGGAGCUGCACCUCGCUGCCCAACGGAGGCUACUUCUGCAAGUGUGCUGCCUCUUUCGUGGGCACCCACUGUGAGAUUGGCAUAAGCCCGUGUGCCUCCAACCCCUGCCUGUACGGGGGCACCUGCGUUCCUCGCACGGACGACUUCUACUGCCAGUGCCGAGGGCAGUACUCCGGACAGAGGUGCCAGUUGGGGCCGUACUGCCGGGACAACCCCUGUCAAAACAGCGGGAAGUGCAUCGACAGUCUGGACGGGCCGGUGUGCGAGUGUGAGUCGGGCUUCCAGGGCGACAGGUGCCUGAGCGACGUCGACGAGUGCAUCAGGAGCCCCUGCGCCAACGGCGGCCAGUGCCAGAACACGUACGGGGCCUACAGGUGCAACUGCUCGCUGGGCUUCAACGGGCAGACGUGCGAGCUGCGCGCCGAGGUCCGCAACGACUUCGUCUCCACCUCCUGGAACAUCGGCCUGGAGGAGGUGAUCGGCAUCGUGGUCUUCGUCUCCAGCAUCUUCAUCCUGGUCCUCCUCUUCGUGGUCGUCCGCAAGAGGGCGUGCCGCAGGAAGUCGAGGGCCGGCCGCGAGGACAAGCACCUGGGCGGGUCGGGCGCGCCUCACUCCUUCCUGCAGAGGCCGUACUUCGACGUCAAGCUCAGCAAGAACAUCUACUCGGACAUCCCGCCGCAGGUGCCCGUGAGGCCCAUCUCCUACACUCCCAGCAUUCCCAGCGACUCCAGGAACAACCUGGACCGGAACUCCUUCGAGGGCUCGGCCAUCCCCGAGCACCCGGAGUUCAGCACCUUCAACCCGGACACCGUGCACGGGCACCGCAAGACCGUGGCCGUGUGCAGCGUGGCGCCCAACCUGCCCCCUCCGCCCCCCUCCAACUCCGUCUCUGACAGCGACUCCAUCCAGAAGCCCAACUGGGACUACGAUUAUGACACCAAAGUGGUGGACCUGGAUCCGUGUCUGACUAAGAAGCCCGUGGAGGACAGCGCGUGCCACCCCUACAGCACCCGGGGCAGCAUGUCCGAGGUCCAGUCCCUCAGCUCCUUCCAGUCCGAGUCCUGCGACGACAACGAGUCUUUUGUGGCUCAUGAUCCCAACAACCCAAGAGGAUACCACUGGGACACAUCUGAUUGGAUGCCGAGUGUCCAACUUCCUGGAAUCCAGGAGUUUCCACAGUAUGAGGUUGUGGAGUCGCCCGCCCCUCUGUACAGCGACCCGAGCGCCAUCGACACCGACUACUACCCCGGCGGCUUCGACAUCGAGAACGACUUCCCCCCGCCGCCGGAGGGCUUCCCCGCCCACGACGACCUGCCGCCCCCACCGGUGCCGGAGUACGGCGACACGCUGCGCCCCGCGGGCAGAGGCCUCGACCCGUCCGCCGCCGGGCCGGCCGGCGCCCGCCAGCGCCCGGCCCUGCCACAGCUCUACAGCCUUAACCAGUACCUGCCACAGCACCCCUACCCGAGGGAAGGGGCCGACGGCGAGGGCCGCGGCGGCGGCGCCGCCUCGCCCUCCUCGGGCGACGCCACCCUGGCUUCCACCGCGGGCGGCGGCUACCGAGGAGGCUACCCUCUGGGCUGCGGCCGGGACUUUGACUCCUCGGCCCUGGACAACAUGUCCAUGUCCCUGUACACGUCCACGGCGUCCUGCUCGGACAUGUCGGCGUGCUGCGAGGAGUCCGAGGCGAUGAUAAGCGACUACGAGAGCGGCGACGACGUCCACUUCGAGCAGCUGGCCAUCCCGGCGCUCGACUCCCAACAGCACACUGAAGUCUGACACUGGACCCCAAUCAAAAGUGCCUGAACCCCCGCCCCUCGGCCACACCUUAUGUUACCCCACUACACACCCACUACACACACACACACACACACACAACUGAUUGAGUGCAAACACCGGGGUGGCCGGGGCGGGUUGUGAAGGCCGAGCGGCUGAGAAGAGAAGCUUCUCUACUCGGCCCGGCUUCGCCGCCCCCCCCCCCCCCCCCCCCCCCUUUGAGUUAGCAGUGCCAUUGCUUCGAGUGAGCGCCACCACACACAGGAAGUUGAUUGUUUCCCGAAAGCGUCGACGUUUCAACGUGCAACAUGAAAAGCAUCAUGAGGAAGGAAAAAAAAAAAGAAACAUAAAAGAAACAGUAUCUCUGUUUCUAUAAAUACAACCAAGCAACAUGUUUUUAUACAAGUCCUCAUUUCCAAUGUAAAUUUCAAUGUACAGUUUUGAUUUCAAAGUUUACUAGGUUUUGUAGAUAUUCUAUGCUUUUAUUUUCAACACAAAAAAAUAGAGUUAAAUGGUGUGACAUUAUCAGCCUUACUGUGCUUACAUUCACUAAAAAAAGAGGAAAGGUGAACAACAAAAAAAGAGCGUGGCUUUUUCCGAACACAGCGUACUCGUAACGUUUAUCGUCUCCUGCUCAUUUCAAAAAGGGUCUUCAAUGAACGACUGCAUAUUCUUGUUGUUGUUUUUUUAUCAUUUGUUUGUUUGUAAAUUUUGACUUUGGAACCUCUUUAUUUUUCCACCAAGAAAAUGGGACCCAAUAUAUUUAUAGUUAUCCAUGGACACGUGACUUUUUCAGGUGUCUAUGUGUGUGUGAGCAAUGCUAUGGUCUUGUUUAAGGUUUUUAUUGAAUACUGCCACAAGCUCACGCUUUCCUACUGGCAAUAAAUUAUUCCUAAAAAAAUA